AUGGCAUAUUUGGUAUCAUUGGAAAGGCCAGGAGGAUUGAUGAAACUGACAAAUGAACUGAAGAAAGCCAAAGUCGACAUUGCUGCUAUUCAAGAGAGCGGUUACAAUCAAAAUGCACAAACUUCCCGCUUCAAUGGCUAUACUACAUUUCAUAGCAGCAACAGUCGAGACCAUGUACUUGGUACUGCCUUCAUGGUAGCCACAAAAAAGGAACAUCUGGUACUGGACUUCCGAAAGGUCAACGAGCGCCUAUGCGUGUUACGUCUGAAAGGCCGUUUCAAAAACUACUCCGUGAUAAACGUACACGCACCUCAUAAUGAAUCGGUGGAGGGUGAUAAGGACGAUUAUUAUGAAGCGCUUGCAAGAGCCUACGAUGAAUUACCGGCACACGAUAUUAAAAUCGUUAUAGGAGAUUUCAACGCCAAAGUAGGCAAGGAGGAAGUGUACAGACCAACAAUAGGAAGGUACAGUCUGCAUGAAAAUACGAAUGAGAACGCGGAGACGUUUGCUGAUAACAUUAGCACAAAGCUUCAACAAUUACGACAAGCUCAGCCAGGCGACACUCCUCCCGAAUGGCUAUCGGUGAGUGAUGUGAUUAAGCAGGAAGCAAUCGACACCUUAGGAUAUCAGAGGCCUAAUGAUUUUAAGACCUGGUUUGACGCAGAAUGUGCUGAUGUUACAGAUCGUAAAAAUGCUGCACGAAUUGAGAAGGAAUCGGCGAGAACUAGAGAACGGAAAACGGAAGCGGAUCAGCGCUACAAAGAUCUGAGGAGGGAGGAAAAGCGCUUGCACCGGCGCAAGAAAAAGGAACUUGAAGAAAGGACGCUUCUUCAGUUGGAAAGAUUAUGUAGUGCAAACGAAUCACGGAAGUUCUACAAACGAAUAAACAACCAAAGAAGAGGCUUCAAUUCUCGAAUGACUAUCUGCAGAGCAGUUGACGGCACUUUGCUUACAGCAAAACAUGAUGUCCUGGAACGAUUCAAGGAACAUUUCAGUGCUCUGUUAAACGGGGAUGUUGAAGACGGCAAUGCUACCGAUGAUUCUUUUCUCAACGACGACGGUCGUAUCGUGUCAGCACCAACAUUGGAGGAAGUCUCAGCAGCAAUCUCCUCACUCAAAAACAACAAAGCUUCAGGUCCGGAUAAUAUACCAGCGGAACUGCUGAAAAUGGGUGGUGAGGAAUUGGCUAAGGUGAUUUAUGAAUUAGUCGAGCGAAUAUGGAACAACGAAUCGUUACCGGAUCAGUGGUUAGAGGGUGCCAUUUUACCUCUGCACAAGAAAGGUGACAGGAUGAUUUGCGAAAACUACCGUGGUAUUGCUUUGCUUAACACGGCGUACAAGGUUUUUGCUCGAGUGACUAAAUCCACGGGCUGA